UUUACUCUGUGACUUUUGUAUACACACAACAACCUGCAAAGUGAGGCUUCAAAAUAAUAAAAAAAUCCAAUUGUAAUUAAUGGUAGUGUGGGCUCGUUAGGGUAUUUACUUUAUUAGAUUGUAAAUUAUUAAGACAAGUAUAGUCGUUUUCAUUUUAACUAAUUUAAUGGCGAAAAUGUCUCGCAAGCGUGUGGCUAAUUUCACACCCGAUGAAAAGGCAGUGUUAGCUCAAUUAGUACAUAACAGGCCCGUAAUUGAAUCCAAACAUACCGAUGGUAAAACGAUACAAAAGAAAAAAGCAGCUUGGGAGACAUUAACAGUGGAGUUUAAUUGCAAAACACAUGUGCAUCAGCGUGAUACUGGUACUUUGAAAAGGGCUUGGGACAAUAUGAAAGCCCACGCUCGAAAAGUAAGAGCUAGCCAAUGUGGGGAAUUAAAUGAGACUGGUGGGCUACCAGAUUUUAAGAAGUCACCCAAAGAGGAAAUCAUCUAUCCCAUGGUUGACGAGGUGGAACCCCUGAAAUUUUGUGAAAUUACCAACUCUGUUGAUAGUGAUGGAGUUUUAUUAAGUUCUAAUGAUGAGUCACAAAAUGAAAAUAUUGACCUGAUAGAACCCAAUGAUUUGGAUAUAACAAACCAUCAAGACCAGGAAACUAGUCCUGAGUUUACGCAAAGUUAUUCUAAUGAUGUGAAGAGUAAGCAUUUGAAAACAGCAGACUAUAUCAGGAAAGAAGCUAUAAUAAGAAUCAAACACUAUGAAAAAAAGAAGAAAAUGGAAAUGAAAAUUUUAGAAGCACAAUUGGAGACAGCUGAAUCGGAGAAAAGAGCUGCUAUCAUGGAAGAAGAAAGAAGUAGAAUACGUUUAGAGAUAUCUAAAAAGGAACUAGACAAUUUAAUGCAGACUACAAGAACUUUCCCUAUGUAGGCAAGUAGUAGGUCAACCUUAUGUGCCUUUCAACUCAAAACAAUUAUUGUUUUUCAGGAAUCAAACCAAGAGCCUCAAGUCACAUACUAUGUAUGUUACUAAAUUUUA